ACGUUUGGCUAAUCAAUUUCAUCUUAGAACAGCAACACAGUUGCCGCACUUUACCAACAAAUCCAUCGACAAAACUUGAAAUUUUAUCCUACAUGGAAUCUUGUUUCUUUGAUUACCCAACUCCUGAAUUUUCCCCACAAUCAUCCUUUGCUUCUUCAUCGCUUGAACCUUUUUCUUGGGAUAACCUUCUUUUCACUCAUAAUUCUCUUCCUUUUAAUAUUCAUGACCCCGGCGAAAUGUUGUUUCUUGACGUUCCAGCUGAAGGAACUAAAGAAUCAAUUUCCGACUCCAAUAAUUCCGGCGAUGGAGUUAAUAACAAAGAAGAUCACGAGGUGACUUCAACUGCGCCCAGAGUUGAAGAGUCUUCUUCCUCAAACUCAAACUCCAAGAAGGAGAAGGCUUAUAGAGGCGUUAGAAAGAGGCCAUGGGGGAAAUACGCAGCGGAGAUAAGGGACUCAACGAGAAAUGGAGUGAGAGUUUGGUUAGGCACCUUUGAUUGUGCGGAGGCGGCGGCUUUAGCUUAUGACCAAGCAGCAUUUUCAAUGCGUGGUUCAUUAGCUACCCUUAAUUUUCCGAUUGACAUGGUAAAAGAAUCACUUCAUGAAAUGAAGUACCGUUGUGAGGAAGGUUGCUCGCCGGUUGUGGCUCUAAAAAGACGACACUCGAUGAGAAAGAAAUCAUCAUCAUCAAGUAAGAAAAGUUGUAAAAAUAGGACAGAAGUUGUAGGGUCACAAAAUGUGGUGGUGCUUGAAGAUUUAGGAGCUGAUUAUCUUGAACAACUUUUGAGCUCAUGUGAAAGUGGUGCUUCUCCUAAUUGGUGAAGCAUCAUCAUCAGUGCACUAGAUUCCUUUGGUUUAUUUUUAAUUAGUAUUUAUCUGUUUUUAAACUAUUGACGGUGUCUUGGUGGGGUUAGACCAAUCUGGUUUUAAUGUAUUACCCAUUUUUUUCUUAUUUCUUCAUGUGUUUGUUUUUUUGUAAAGUUUCAAAAGCAAAGGUGUAUAAAAAGUUGCACUGUCUUGUCUAACUCCAUUAUUGCAGUCUAUAAUAAAUAUUAAAAUAUUGAACUCUUUUUGGCCGA